UUACUUGUGCCCUGUUUGUGGGCUUCUGGACUUCAGCAGAUGCUCUGGGCUGUAACAAGUCACAGGAUAUUGUUAACGGAAUGUGUUGCAAUCUCUGCCCACCAGGGCACUACAUGAGCGAACUGUGUACCAGCGAGAGGCAAACGCAGUGCCUUCCUUGUCCGGAGGGUUUUUAUGCUGAUGAUUAUCACCUGUUUGACAGGUGCACAAAAUGCUCGGCGUGUAAAGAAUUUCCAGCGGAAUGUCCUCCGACCACAAAUACAAACUGCUGCCCCUCUGGUUUCCUGUGUAGUGAUAGUAAAUGUUCAAAAUGUGAAGAUGUCAAAUGCGCUGCUGGGGAAAAGGCAGUCAGAACAGGUGACAGUUACGUCGUGGUUCUUGGAACUUGUUUUGUAUUGGUUUCUCUCACUGUUCUUGUGCUUCUAAUUCACAUGUGUGCACACAAAGUACACAGGCAAAAAGCUAAAACCCCCCCUGCUGAAAUCUUGGCAUUGCACUCCAGCACCUGUGAUUAUCAUCUGUCCAAAGAGGAGAGUGGAAUCGAACUGAAACUCAAGGAGAGCGAAAGUUCCCGCAGCAGCCAACUACAACUGGAGACCUUUGUUUUGGUUUAAUAGAAACGGAGGAAAACAAUUGCAUGUAUAUACAUACAAACGUAUCCAUGUAGUGUACAUUAUACUAGCGGUGUGUAUGCUGUACAUAGACAAGUACGAAGUGCUGUGUUGUUGACAUAUUUCUUCAUAGGUGUUUGUGUAUUCUGCAAAGAAUUGUAUUGAACGUUGCGCAGAUGUGGACAUUCAAUGGAUAUCAAAAUGCAUGAAAA